GGCAAAAGUUGUUGCUGAGUGAGCCCUCAUGCUUCAUGUGCCUGGAGAUGUCUGUCAUGGCCAGAGCCAUGAGAAGGCACAGCCAAGGCCUCAGUGACAGUCUUGUAACAUCAAUGUGAGUAUAAGGUGACAAGAUGGGGAAUGAAGUUGGCAUUGGUGUAGAGGUAACCUCAGAUGCAUGUACUGCAUGUACAGUAUGUAGCCAGUGCACCAUGCAUGUUGAUGGCCCAUUGUGAUAUCACCUAGAGAUGGAUUGGGACAGCUUUGGGGGAUGGAUUGUGACCCAGCAUACCUCACUGCUUACAGCUGAGCACUAAGCUUCACCCAGCCAGCUCAUGCCUAGACACAUCUGAAGAACAGGAUGCCAUCCAGAAGGACCUACACAAGCUCAUGACCUGGGCCCAUGGGAAUCUCCUGAGGUUUAACAAGACCAAGUACAAGAGUCACUGAAGAACUUUCCUCCUGCCUGCAGGUUCAGGCAUCUGGGAUAUCCAGGAGGUGCACUUGCAGCAGCAGAGCGUAAAACCUGCUGCCACAAUGCUGGUGAACGGGAGUAACUCAUAACCCCACUGCAGGCCACUGCAGAGAAGAGCAUGGCCACAGAGAUUGACAACUGCUGUCCCAUCUGCCUGGACAGCUGGAAGGAGAUCAGCUACAUAUUGCCAUGCCUGCACCAGUUCUGUUACACCUGCAUCCUGCAGUGGGCAGAGAACACACCCAAGUGCCCACUCUGCAAGAGGAGGAUUCUAUCCAUCCUGCACUCCAUGGAGACAGAAAACGACUACAUGGAGCAUGUCAUUGCACUGUCUGAGACAUCAUCCAUCAUUGUCCACCAGGCAAGAGGAGACCCCAGACACAUUGACCUCCAUUUCUCUGGAGCACCCCAGACAUGGGCUGCAGAAGGAGUGCCCAGGCAUCCUGUGGGCAGCCUCCAGCCUGGGGAAUGGAUGGUACUUUUCCGGGACCACCCAUGCCUCCUAGAUACCCUGGUGCUCUGGGUCCGACCAAGGCUGAGGCAGAUCUUCAGGAACAACUGGACAGAGGCAGAGCUAGUGGAGGAUGCUGUCAUGGACAUCCUGACCAACCAUGGAAUUGAUGAAGACCAGCUGAUCCAGAUGCUGUGGGUCUCCCUCCAAAACCAUGCGGCGAUAUUUGUGCAACAGCUUAUCCGUGUUGCUGUGCGACGGUGCAGCAGGGAGGCCUGUCGUCUGCUGGCCCACCAGCCCUGUCUCCCUGCCCAAGUCCCAGCCCUUCUGACAGCCUUGCAAGAUGCGCCAUGCAUGAGGUGCCCAACACCUCCUCCACUACCAUGGAUGGGGAUUCCAACAGCUACCCCUCUGUACCCAUUACCAUCGCUGUCGGAGCAAGAAGAGCCCCAGGAGGAGCCAGAGGAGUCUGAUCUUGUGUCUUCCAGACAGGGCAGUGAACCCUCUCUUGAGGGGGCGUGGUGACCCCUGAAGAGGCAAGCAAAUGGCCCUGCAUCCAUGACUUUGGAGGUUGCCUCAGGGGUUAGCCAAAUUGGGACUGGGCCACCAGCUGGGGCAUGCACCAACCCCUAAGGGCUCCCAGCCCCUCAGAUCCAGCUAUCCAAAUAAAAUGAAUGCAAGGAAAUUGAAAAAAGUCUGUGUUACAAACAGGACAGGUGGCAUUUCUGUCUUUGUUAUUCUCCCAUCAGACAAGUGAUGGCCAGAUCCAGGCCCAUUCCAGAAGCCAGCCCCAGGGCAGAUAUUUCCAGCUGGGGGUCUCCAGGUCCAGUUUGUGCCCCACAGCUCAUCACCUCAAGGCCACUCAUGAGCUCUUCAAUGCCAGUCUCUGCCCCCACAUCCUGGUUCUCGGCUCUCCUACCAGCGUGAGCUGCUGGGUGUGACAAAUUCCCUCUCCCUGCCUGGAGUCACGACUUGGUGCUGCUCUCUGUGUCACCCCAGGGUCAUACCCAGCCAAGGCAGGAGCCCCUAGAAGUUCAUCAAGAAGUGCAAAGUCCUGUCGCUGGGAAGGGACAAUGCCAGACUGGCACACGCAUCAGGCUGCAUAGCUGGUGAGUAGCCAGGGAAAGGCAACCAUGCUGCCCUUAUGCACAGAUUUUCCUCCUGCUGGUUCAGAUCCAGCCCCUGUACUGGUAUUUCUGCUCUGCUUAGAGAGGGCAUAUCUGUGCCAGAUGGAUGCCAAGCAGCUGAAAGGUUUGUGUUUGUGUACUUUGGAGAGAAAGAGGCUGAAGAGUGACUUCACUGCUCUCUAGAGCUUCCUGAGGAGGGAAAGUGGAGGGGAGUUUGCUCAUCUCUUCUCCCUGGGAUCCAGUGACAGGACAUGUGGGAAUAGUUCAAAGCUGCAUCAGGGGAGGUUCAGACUGGACAUAAGAAAAUAUUUUCCUACUGAGUGUGUGGUCAGACAUUGAAAUAGGCUCCCUAUCUGUCAGUGCCUUAAAAGGAGGCAUUUGGACAAUGCCCUACAUGAUGGGCUUUAACUUCUGGUCAGCCCUGAAGCGGUGAGGCAGUGGUUGCAGGUCCCUGGUAACUGGAAAUAUGCCAUUCUGAUGCCUGUCAAUACCAUCAAAUAAGUGGCGUUUGCCCUCCUCCUGUUUAAUUUCAGUAACAUAAAUAUUAUUUAAUGAAAGAAGCUAAAAUUUGCAUUUCUUAAGAAAUCUCAUUACAGAAAAUGAGAAAAUGUAAACAAUUCCUUCCAGUCCCAUGCAAUACUGAUAGUUCAUAUGUGUUGUCUGUUAUUGUCAGUUGUCCAAUAUAGUUUUGCUUACACAAAUGUUUUUCAUGUUUGCUUGUUCACAUUUUUAACCAUGAGGCUUUUAUAGAACAUAUGUCGCCAAGUCUUUUAUUGAGAAUGAGAACUUAGAGUACAUGUAUUGUCUGUUCAUGUGUAUAGUGUCAAGAACACAGAGAAAGGAAAAGUGUUCUGCUAUUGAUAUUUUCUGAUUUUUAUACAAAGCAUUAAUGUCUCAGCUUUCAGGGUUUCAUAACUGCCAUGGAAAUGAAUGUAUUAGGUUCUCAGUAUAUUUAUAUACCAAAUUUAAGAGAAUUUUUGGAGAUGCAAAUUAUUAGAAACUUGUUUAGCAUCAUAGCUCAGACAUAAUGGAUACCAACACUGGCACAUACAGAUAGUGGGGUAGCCUGAUUGUUUUACAUGUGUAAGUUAUUAAAUGAGAUGCCCAUUUGCACAAGAAAAAGUCUAACAACCUGCUAAUGUUUUGAGUUUUGCAUUGAUUUGUCAGGGGAGUGAGCGAUGGUGGUGGAAAAAUUGACCUGGUUAUCUGAAUGUUGGUAGUAUUAGAUGGCCAUUUAGCUUCAUCAGAGCCUUUGGAAUGAUGCUGGCUUUUUCAGAUAAGGUCUCUUUCAGAUGCAUUAGAAGCAGGAAGGAUGCCUGCAUGCUGGAAACAAACUCAGAUCAAAUCAUGGCAGAGUCCCAUGCCCUGUUUGUUCUUCCCAGGUACUUCUGUUUGUAAUCCUGUGGAUCUCAACAGUGUUUUGGAGGGAAUUACUGUAACACUAGUGAUAGCAUUGCAAGCAAUGCAUGGGUAAUGGUCAAUUCACAGAAAGCAUAGAAGCAUUCCCACUAUUUUUUGAAGUCCUGGAACCAAAUGUCUUCUGACACUUUCUCUUCCAAGCAGAUAAACACUAUGCCUCUACUCUGACCUUUUGCUCCCAAUUUACCAAGUCUUUCUAGAGCUGUCAUUGAAUUAAAUAAUAGCUGAGUAUCUGACUACCUUCUCUUUUGUAGUGAAGAAGUUCUCUACAGCUCCAGUGGUAUUUAUAAAAUCACUUAUAUAUAUUGUCAUGAGAGUUAGCCUUAGAGAUAGAACAAUCAGUAGGAGUCUGUGCCAGGAGGGAACUGUUAAGUGUCUAUCCGGUGAUGCUACUCCUCUUGAGUCCCUUAUUGUCCACAGCAAAAGUCUACUUCAUCAAGCCUUCUUCAACUUAACACUGAGUUCAAAGCCUAGGAUUCUGCCUGGUGUUUUUAACUUUUGAUUUGGCACUGAAAUGGAACAAUAUGUUACUUGUUCUUAUGCAAGAAAUACCAAAAAUUCUUUUGUUGUAUUCUUGUAG